CCCAGUUCUCCAGGGGUGUAUAUGCCAUCUUUGGUUUCUAUGACAAGAAGAGUGUGAACACCAUCACGUCUUUCUGUGAGACCCUCCACGUGUCCUUCAUCACACCGUCCUUCCCCGCUGAUGGACUCAAUCAGUUUGUCCUUCAGAUGAGACCCGACAUCAAGGGACCUCUGGUCAGCUUAGUGGAGUAUUACAAGUGGGACAAGUUCGCCUACCUCUAUGACAGUGACAGGGGUCUGUCCACCCUGCAGUGAUCCUGGAUACAGCAGCAGAGAGGAAGUGGAUUGUGACAGCCAUCAACGUCGGCAACCUGAAGGAUGAGAGGAAGGACGAGGCAUAUCGCUCCAUGUUCCAAGACCUGGAGAUACGAAAGGGAGGAGAGUCAUUCGGACUGUGAACAAGACAAGGUUAAAGACAUCAUGGACCAGGUCAUCACCAUUGGCCGACAUGUUAAAGGAUACCAUUACAUCAUCGCUAACCUGGGCUUCGUUGAUGGUGACCUGUCUAAGAUCCAGUAUGGGGAGCCAACGUGUCGGGUUUCCAGAUUGUUGACUUUGAGGAGCCACUCGUCUCCAAGUUCGACCCGAGAGUGGGAAGCACUGGAGGAGAAGGAGUACCCUGGAGCUGACA